AUUAUUAAUUAUGAAAAAAGAAAGCAACAAAUGUUCAAUCUAAACAUUAAAAACCUUCCUACAUAUGAGAACUGUUUAACAGGACUACAUCUCCAGCACUAUAAUCAUGUCAGUCUACAUAGCAGUGCAUUUCCUGAUUGAGCAGGUCUACAAUCAUCCAAAUUUUUCUGCUAUUUUCUCAAUUACCUCAUUGCUGCUGUGGCUGUCUAUCAGGCGUCCUUAUGAUAUACCACCAAAUCCAUGGUUCAUAUUUCCUAUUAUUGGCCAUAGACCUUUGUUGAGAGGUGACCCCAUAUUGACGUUACGCCGAUUACGUAAUGAACUAGGGGAAGUGUUUAGUGUUUACAUUGAUGCUCAGCUGGUGAUUGUUGUCAAUGGACUAGCUGCCAUCAAGGAAGCUUUUAUGACAAGGGGUGAUGAGUUUCACUGGAGGCCCAGCACACGGAUUUGUGAUCUCUUUCAUUUUGGUAAUUUUAUUUUCUCACAAAUAUCAUCAUUAGUUAUAUAAGUAAUUUUAUGCUGAUAUUUGUUUAUGCUUGGAAGGCCUUAAAUUUUAGAAUGAAUUCAAUUUUAAAAUGUUCUAUAUCAUUAGGGAACAAUAAAAUAUGGCUUUUAACUGAUUUUCAGCGCUUCUUAAAAUAAACCUCAUUACAUUUUCUUAAAUUUUCUAAGACAUUUAUCUUCUUGUACACUUAUAAUAAUAUCCAUUAAAUCAUUAAUGGUAUAAACUUAAUGCCUAUUUAUUUUUAUUGAUAUAGAGAUGAGAUCAUAUAAUGUAGAAACCUCUUAAUUGUUUUACAUGUAAUUUAUAUCAUAUUUUUACAAAGCAAUACUCUUGUAUGCUAUUGUAAGCAAGCUGCAGCAAACCAGUUUAAAAAACAUUGAGUUAGUUGUCAGUAGUAGGGAAAUUAGAAAGGUAUGGAAAGGAAAUUUCUACAAAAUAAAACAAAUUUACCACUUAAUCAAAUAAACUUUAUCUUUUUAACACAAGGUGUCAUCUGCAACUCUGGGAAAGAAUGGAGAGAACAAAGAUCUGUGACAGAUGCAGGAAUCCAGCAUGUCAGUCCUAAUGUCAGCCUGCUUGUUAACAAAGAGGCUGCACAUCUCAUAAAAGCAUUGCAGCAGGAAGAGGGGAAGCCGUUUGAUGCUAAUGUAAGUAUUUAUUUUAAGUUCCAGAUGCUGUAAGUUAAAUGGCAAAACUGUGAGUUCUUGUUUUAGUCUUGUUUUACAAAAUUAUUUUUCUCUCCAUUAAUAACUGCAUUGUUCUAAUUCAACUUUUAGGUUCUUCUGCACUCAGCUGUAUUCAAUGCAAUCUCUUCGGUUAUUUUUUCGCGACGGUUGGAUUACAAGGACGUUCGCAUGGAAAAGGCCAUUGCUCGUUACAAGGAAAACCUUGAUUUGUUCUCAGACAGCAAGUUCCCAAACUUUUUUCCAUUCCAAAAGUUUCUAAUGGGUGAUUUCUUUGAUGUGAAAUUCCUGCGCAUAAAUAUGACCGAGCUCCACCAAAAGGUCAUCAACCCAGUUUUUGAGGAGCACAAGUCAGAGUAUGCUGAUGAUAACAUAGUAGAUUUCCUAGAUGUUUACCUGAGGGAGAUGAAGGCAUACAAAGGUGUAGAAAAGACAACAGUUGAAGGUGAGGAAGGUUUCUGUACACACAUAGAGCUGGGACUUGAUCUGGCUAAAUUUUAUCAAAAGCAGACUUCAAAUGUUAUUCAAAACUCAAAUAUAUCUUUAAUGAGGUACCUUUAAUGACAUUCCAAAAAUGUGUACCGUAAUGCUCAUUUAAAUUUUUUAACCACUUCAUUACUGCAGGGUCUUGGGCAUCGAUUUUUGCUGACUCUGCAACAAAAAACUUAAAAGAUGAAAUUUUCUGUAUAUUUCAUUCUCUAUCUGAUUCGCUUUUUAACUUCACUAUAGAUUAACGAAUAAGGAAAUAUAUAGCAUUGAAAUUUGACGUCGACGUGACGUCCUUUGGUAUUUCAGAAAAGUUCUUAAAUUUCUGUUAUGAUGACGAUGUGAUGUCCUUGGUAAUUGAAAGUGUGUGACCGUGUCGUCGCGUCACAGUGACGUCGCGUCGACGUCAUCGGUAAUGAAGAGGUUAAUAAGAUUUUUAUCUUAAUUAAUAUUGGUUUUUACAAAAAUAUUUAAAAACCAAAUUUUACAAAAAUAUUUAAAAACCAAACUUUAACUAACAAUAUUUUAAUCUUGUUUAAAUUAAUGUCCAUUGCAAAAUCAUAUAUUAUGAAUUUAUCUGAUCCAUAAGCUACAGAUUGUAACCAUUUCUUUGACUUCAGCUUUGUUUAAUUAAACAGAAAAAUGUUAAUGUAUUUUUAUACUAAAUGCUAGGUUGUAUGUCUGUUGUGUUUCUGAACUAUUUAAUCUCAUUUAUUUUAUUUGAUCACUACAAUAUAUUUCUGGUUAGAUCCAUUAUCUUUCAUAGUCUGUUAUUUAAAAUAAUUUCUUGCAUUUCAUAUGUGCAUUUAAUUUAUGCAUCUCCUAACCCUAAUGAUUGAUGGACAUUAUAAGCACCCUAAGCUUAAAGGCAUAAUAACGUUUUAAAAUUUUUCGGAAUAACAGUUUGAAUACUGUGUAAUGAUGGAGGGUUGGUGAUCUUAGAACAGGUGGAUAAUACAAUGUGAUUUAAUCUUUUAGAGAGAAGUUGCCAGGCUGUACUAUACGACUUAUUAUGGCAUGGAACUGUUACCACAGGGGCAACCCUUUACUGGGCACUGGUCUUUCUUAUAAGAAAUCCCUCAGUUGCUGAAAAAGUUCGUGAACAUCUUGAUAAUACACUUGCACAAUCAGGUAUUGACUUAUGAACGUUUACUUACCUUACUUUUUUAAUUUAUAGGUCUCAAAGUCCUUUUUAAUUCUAGCAGCACAAUGUUAAAUUUCAAAGUAUUGAUUAUGACCAAAUUUUAAAUGUUCAUGGUGAUAAUAACAUUCAAAUAUUUCUGGGACUAAGCAAAAGCUAAGUGUCUCUUUCAAAUGGGCUAAGUAACUUUUUUUUGUGUUAUUGCAGAAAUCAGUGCUGAGCCAGGAGAAGAUGGACUCAAAUUAAAGUCUGAACUACCUACAUACUUCAAGGCAUUCAUUCAUGAAGUUCAGCGUUGUGCUAACAUAUGUCCAAUAUCCAUGGCUCAUGCUGUAGCUAAAGAGAAAUUUCUUAAAGGAUACAGGUAGGACCAAAUGGCAUUCUUUACGUAACCACAUGCAAUAUUUGUAAAAAAAACAAUUUAUUCUUGCAUUUCUUAAUGUCAACUGGAAAACUGUGCUUUAAUUGUUCACAUAUAAUUACAAAUGGGUGCUGGGUGGCCAAGUGGUCUUCACUGAGCAAAUCUCAAGUUGAUGGUCUGGAGUUCAAUUCCUACCAAAUCCCAGUCAAGCAAAACCAUCACCAGCACCCCGGGAGGAUGGGACUUGUUAACCCUGGAUGGAAACUCAUCUAAGAGAAGGAAACUCUGAAUUCAAACCCAGGGAUGGAGUCCCGUAGGCCUAUAACUUUGGUACAAUGAAACAUUCCGGCAACUCCUGCGACACCACUGGUGCCAAGCUUUAUCAUCCACAUGUUGUACCAUUGGUUUAUCUGUUUAUGUUUCUUCGAUUAUGUGUGUGUUGUUAAAAUAUUAUUUGAUUCAUUAUUUUUAAAUCUCUUAGAGACAGAUUUUCAGAUUUCUGUUUUUAAUUAUUCAGGCAGUUUUUGUAUCAGUAAGUUUAAUGUAGAUGUUUUCUGCUGUAGAAUUCCUGGCGAUGCUGUCAUCUUGCCAAACCUUGACUCACUCAUGAUGGAUGAAGAUAUCUGGGGGGAUCCGCAUGUCUUCAGACCUGACAGGUUUAUUAACUCCGAUGGCAAGCUGUUAUUACCUCAUGAGUUUAUUCCAUUUUUCCUAGGUAAGUCGUUGAUGUCUGUGAAUGAAAUUUACCUUUUCCAUUUGAAAAACAUAAAUGUUCUAGUAAUUGUAUUAGAACCAUGUCAUUGACAGAUGGCAUGAUUUCAUAACCAACAUUAAGGAAAAACAACCAUUAUAUUUAGUGUUUGAUGCCUUAAGAAAUUUGUAUAAGUUAGUAUUUAUAACGGAUUGAUAAUAGCAAUGGUAACAGUUGAAUUGCUUACUAGAGUAAUGGAAAAGUUUUUAAGUAUUCUAUUGACAGUGGUGUAAUGAUACUUUUUGAAAUGAUCAGGUUUAUUAUUAAUUAGGAAAUGAAUGUCUAUAAAUUAUUUAGAUGUAUAUCUCACUUUAUGUUUAGAAAAUCAUGUGAAAACAUUAAAAAAAUGUAUUUCAGGCAUCAGGAGCUGUCCAGGUUCCAUUAUCGCAGAGAUCAUCUUAUCAACAUUCUUAGCGCAUCUCAUUGUCAGUUUUGAACUUCACCCUGAAGUCCCUGGUGUGCUGCCGUCUGUUCAGAGGAAAAGAGGUUUAAUCCCCUAUCCUCCAGAUUUCAAAAUAAAAUGUGUCUCUCGUAAAUGAAACGAUUAUGCUCAAUAAGAAUUUUUAAUCACACAUUGAAAUAUGGGAACAAAAGUAUUUUCACAGAAUAUUGCUGAGUAUGAGAAGAAAAGAAAUGAUUGUCACUGAUAUUGCUUGUCUGUGUCUGCAUAUAUUUUUAUUUUUCAAUGUUAACUGGAGAAGAAAAAAAUAUUAGUUUAGCCAGGUGUUGCUCAAUGUUAAAUGGACAAUUGUUGGUAUAAAUUUUAAAAAAUUGUCAUUGUUUGAAUGUUAAAUGCGUGUUAAAUUUCUAUAAUUUCGUUUUCAUAAUUGGGCUUGAAUGUUUAAAUGGUUAAAUAAGCCGAAUGUAGUAAAUUAACAAGGCUUUUUGGCAGUUACACUCUUGAACUUUUAGAGUUUAUUUGGGUGGAGAAAUGCACAAAUUUAAAUCUUGGUAUCUGUUGUAGCUAAAGUUAUGAAAGUGAAAUGAUAAUAUCAUAAAUGAGGCAUCUUAUUCUAAAUCAUUGAUUCCAAUAUUAUGCAAUCCUGAAAUGUUGGGAUUUGAUUAUUUGUAAGAGAUUUCAACUGCUGAAUCAUUUUAAAAACAAAUCUUUUGGUGUUAUGGAAACAUGGUUCUUAGAUCAAAUCCCCCCAAUUAUAUUUUGUGUAAUGACUUUUAAUUUUAUAUUUAUGAAAGGUUAUGAAAAUCAAAAUAUACUGUGCCAGUAUUGGACUGUUUGAUUUAUUGGGUUAGUGAGCAUUUUUAAAACAUAUGUAUCAAGGCUAACACGAUAAGACUGAGUAGUAUGAGUACUAAACUAGCACCACCAUAGCUGAAGCCAAAGGGAUGACUUAUAGUACAUGUUACUGGUGCUGUAACUAUAUUACCUCACACUAUCAUGCACUGAUAAAAGCAGGGUCGUAAACCUUGUUUUACUAAGAGCACCAUGUCCAUUUUUUCAUUUAGUAUAACUAAGACAAAGGAGAAGAAAUUUUUCCUUCCCCCCAACCAUUUUGAUAACUGUCCUGGUUUUAUUUCUAAUAUUUUGUUAUCUGAUGUGGCUCUGUUAAAAUGGUCUUAAAUUUGAUUAACUCCUCUUGAGGCGGCUGGACAGAUCUAUAGACCCAGGGUCGAAUGGCGAAAAAGACGAAAGGCAAAUCCUUCUGCCCACUGUCUGAUAUAAAAAAUUUUUUUUUACCUAGUGACCCCUAUAUAUGCUUGAAAAAUGUGUGACCCUGAAAUAUGCCAAAAGGCAUAAGGAGAUGCACUGGAAUAUUUUAUGCAGUUUGUCACAUUGUAUCUUAUGCAAAUGAUUGUUAGGACUUAUUUAGGCUUCAACAAUCUGAAAACUCAACAAAGUUCUGAAAGUAAGACAUGUUUAUCCUGAGUGUAAACUUAAUUGCACACAUAAAUUAUGCUUAUCUGGCUACCUCAUUUGCAUAAAUUUUGAGAUUUAUAAAGAUCAUAUUAUUUCAUUCAAUGCC